GCUGCGAAGUCACUCUCGGGCGCCCGGAAAUCCACGAACGGCAACGCGAAAGCCCAGGGACAGCGCGCAAAGACUGUCGGGAUGGCGGGGGGAGAAACUAGGCGGGGAUUGAGGGCGAGAGGUAGACAUGGCGGCUGUCAGGCGAGGAACAACCACAACUGGUGAAUCACCCUGAGCAGGUUAACAGCCCCAUCGAAACCUGGAGGCAAUGGGACGUGCCACCAAUGCUGUGCCAACCUGCCAUCUCCAAGAGGGGAAAGUGCUCCGGGAAGGGCAAACAUGCUGGCUCAAGGACACUCUGCUCCCUAGACCCUUUUAGCCCUCUCCUUUGGAUGGGGCUGAAAAAGUGCCCUGUGAUCUGAAUAUCCAGGGAUAGAAAAGAGGUCAAGAGCACUCCAAACCACAAACACACUCUCAAGAAAAGCACAAUGUCAUCCAAAACACACUGUAUUCUGAUGGCAAAUCAUAUGUAUGCCUAAUCCAUAACACUUCUGUUUGGCUAGAUUAAAAUUUUGUUUCGCCCCCUCCUGACAAGUGAAAAUUUACACAUUAAGACUUGUUUAUUAUCAGCAGCUGGUUUCUUACUGUUCCACUGUGAUAAUUAUUGCUGCACUGAAGACUAUACUAGAUGGACCUUUGGUCUGAUCUAGCAGGACUGUUUCAGAGAAGGCACCUGUUGGCAGUGGCAGCUUGAGUGGAAGUCCAAGUCAGAACUUUGCUGAAAUAAUUAGCAAACUAGGAAAGUGUAGCCCAAUUAAUUCACUGAGAAAGGGCUCUGUGUCACCGGAUUUCUCUUGAAGACAUCAACAUAAUUUCAGAAAUUACACAAAGCCUGGUAGAUCUGUUAGAAAAAAUCCUAAAGAAACCAUUGCAAGAUGACACAAAAAAGUGAGCAAGUUUUCAAGUUCACCAAAAGAUUUCAUCGGAAAGAAUCUCAAAGGAAAAAAAGAGUGAGGUGAAAAGGGUGUUGGUGGACAUGGUAAAAUCCUUGUAUUCCGAUUAUUGCUAGAGACAGUUCUAAAUAACGGAUCUUUUUAAAUGACCCAGUGUAAUAAAUAUUUAUUCUGCUUAAGGACAUAUGGGGGGUUUGAAGUUUUUUUUUUACCAUGCCAAGAAAAUUCUUUUCUUACCCCUUAUCUUUUGGUUUUGGUAGAGGAUAAAUAUUUCCGUAUUGUAUUUUUGUUUCAAGUAGGCUAUGUAUGCUCUACAUCACUACGAUCACAGCCAAAAGUGAUUGCUUCAGGAACAUGCAUCCUCCUCAAAAGACAAAGUUAUUUCAGCUCAGCAAGAUACAUUUGACCAAUGGUAAUUUUUCAGUCCUUGUUCCCCAAAUUUAGUUUUUCAGCUAAUUUUUUCUUUUUCUUUUUGUGGACAGGAAGAACAUCAGUUGUUUUGUCAUCUGUGUCCUUACAGAUUCUUUUCAAUUUAAAUGGAGUUUAUUAUAUAUUUUAUUUCUUAGCAACCCUAUUGAUGAUUAUUUAUAAAAGCCAAGUUUUCACUUAUCCAGAUAAUUUUUUGACUAUUGAUCUUCUGUUGCUGUUCAUUAUGACCAUUUUAGAAUCAAUCCGACUAUACUUUGGUAUUAAAGGGAACCUGACAGAAGAAGAGGCUCCCCUGGGAGUCAGUCUUGUUAUCUCUGUUGGUACUGUAAUUUUGUCUGUCUUCUUUUUAGUGUGGCAGACUUAUGUCCUGAGAGCAGAUGUCAUUAUUAAUGCUGUGCUGCUUGUUAUGUAUGGGUUUGAAGGAAUUCUAGAGAUCAUAGCCAUUGCUUCAUUUGUCAGCUAAAUCACAUAUUGUCUGUAGUGCAUUUAUUAUCUUCAAAAAGCAGCAGCAUACAUAUUUAAACUGUAUAAUUGUCUCAAAUAAAACACUGGACAAGUCCUUGCUUAUACUACAAAGUUUCAUGAGCGCUUUGUGAGCUAACAUGUAAUGUCAGUCUUCCUGAGUACCUUAUUUAGUAGUCAGAUAUGUUUGAUGUUGAAUUGAUAGUUGAAUACAAUGUUUAUACACAAAUCAGUGCUGAUGUACACUUUGUGUGGGAGACAGGUAUGCUGUUUGUCCAUGUUUCCAGUAAACACAAUUAUGUUGUGCACAUAUAAUGGACAAAUGCUAGAAAUUCAUGACAUUCCACAGCUUUCUAACAUAUAUCUGUCACAUAUAUAAAUAAUAGGUGUGUUUCCUAGGAAGAACUCAGGGAUAGACAACAUAAAGUAUUAAUCUUAAUAAUUGUAACCAAAGGCCAUAAUCUAGAUUUAUCAAAAGAAGACAACUUUUUUAAUAACUUGGAAAUGUGUCAGCCCUAAAUAUAUUUACUGAUAUGGCUGGUUUGCUAGUGUAUUUUACUUAAGGGAAUCAUUGAUUUUGUGUAAGCCUUAUUGAUUUCAGUGGAAUCCUAUGAAUGCUUAUCUCUAAUAAGUCCCAUUGAAUCAAAAGGUGCUUGGGACUAUAGUCUUUCAGUAGGGAUUCUUUAAUUCCUAACUCAAAAGCGUUUUCAUGCGUCUAAUUUCCAAUGAAAGUCAGAAGCAUAAAAUUAAAUAAAUUUCAGUUUUUUUAAAUCUACAGAUAUUCUUAUUAGAUUAUACUAUCACACACACACACACUUGCAGACUUGGAUGAAUGAAGAUUGCUCAUUUGUAUACGAGUCACAGGGUGCCAUUAAUUAUUGUGUUAACUUGAGUUAAUUUGAUAACUUUGACCAUUUAUCUUCAUAAAAAAUUAUUGAGGUCUUGUUUUUGCCUUUAAAAUGUCCAAAGAUGCAUGUGAUUUAAGAACAGAACCCUGUUGUUUCAUUUUUCAAACAGUUAAAAAAAGACAUGUCAUUGAAUAGAGCAUUAGUUCAAGUCCAAUAUAUACUUGAAUGGAUUCUGAUAGUUGUUGUUCUGGGAACAGCAGUUUUGAAUAUUUUUUUCUUACACCAUUUGUUUAAAAUGUCACUUUCAUGUAUAUAUAAUGUAUCUUUUCCACCACUUUGUUCUUUUCCUGUAAGAAUUGUUAUAUAAGAUCUUUUAAAAUUGUUUUUAGGAGCACAGAUGUUCUGCAGGUGACUAUAUUUUAUGUAAUACUUGGAUUGGGUUUUUUAAUUAAUAUUUCAUAUAUUUCAUAUAUUUUUGUACCAGUAUUUGGAAAAAUAAAGACUAAAAUCCAUGCAA